UCUCUAGCUUGACACAAUUACAGCUAACGUUACCAGCCGAAACAGAAGAGCUCUAAGUGAAUCCCAUGCUGAAUUGAGGGCAGAGUCAUGGUGGUGAAGAAGAAGAAGAAGACAGCCGCCAAAGUGCAGGCUGUGGUUCUGGAUGAGGAGAAACUACACGAGCUGAUAGCGUCCCUCUCUGUGGACGGAGGACAGGAGGGACUCGGACAGCUCGCGCGCACCCUGCAGUCCUGCUUGGAGCUGUCAGAGCCCGUGCAGCAGAUCCAGCUGGUUAAAAAGGCAGGGUCCCAGCUAGAGGCGCUGCGUAAGGAGGAGGCCGAUGGAGCCCUUCUACAGGCCUGUCUGCACGCGCUGUCUCUGGUCUACACCUCCCUGCAGGCCAAGAACCCCCUGCGAAGAGCAAUUGCCAGUGCCUUAUCUUCAGCACCAGCCUGGAUGCAGGAGCCUGCUCUCGGCACUCUGUCCGCCUGCUUGUCCGCAUGUCUGUCCGACGCGGCCUCAGAGCGGUACCCGCACGUCGUAGACACAGUCGCUGCCUGUCUGGAUUGCUUCCCACUCGGGGAGAGAUGCAUCAACCAGCUGCUGCCCGGAGUGUUGCAGUUUCUUCACAAAGGAUUGAGUGAAUACCUGCACCGGAACAGUGGCCUGACGGGACGUCACAUCGCCCAGGCCCAGCUGAUGCAGUCCUGCCUUGCGGCAGUGAAGACAUCCGUCCUGGUGAUCCAGAGAUGCCAGGAGAGGAUGGGCGGCGGCCUGCGGGCCGAGCGGGACCGCCACGAGCUGGAGGACACGCUGGGCCGCCUGCUGGGCUGCUACAUGCACAUCCUUACCGACGAAGAGUUCGUUCAGUCGGUCCAGAGCACAGCCGGCCUGGCUGUGGUCCUACUGAUCCGCUCCGUCAUGGGUUGUGGAGAUGAAGUGGCCUCUGUGGUGUGCAGUUUGCUGCGUAGCUCGCCGCCGGGUUUGGACUCGGCCCCCCCGUGGCUAAAGCAGCGGUGCGAGGGCUUGUGUGCCGGCGGGCGCCCGGCGGGGGUCUCCCUGUACCUGUGUCAUGGGGCUCUGGCCAUGCUGAGCUGGAAGGGCGCGCUCCCGGGGCCGCAGUGGGAACAGCUUCUGCUGUUGGUUCCAAACACGCUGCUGGACCUCGAUGUCAGCAUAAAGGAGUCCAGCACGGCCAUGGUGGUGGCUCGGGUUCUGACCCUGUGGAGCAGCGCUGCCUUGGACUGCCUGCAGGCGGGGGAGCAGCCCUGCCCGCCCCGCCUGCAGCGGUCCCUCAGCGGGGGCUCUGAGCUGCAGCGCCACCUCCUGGAGCACAUUUACUCCCACUGGGAGCACCCGCUGGACGGAGUGCGCCACCAGACUCGCUCCCUGUUCCGUAACCUCCUCCUGCUCCACCAGCGCGCCAGCACGCCGGCGCCCGACCCCACGCAGGACCCGUACAUCUCUGAGCUCACCCACAGCCUGCUGGGGCUGGAGUGGCACAUGCGGGGCAAGUACGGCUCCCUGGGCUGCCUGGUGGAGCUCUACGGGGCGGGCCACCUGCUCGCCGUCCAGCCCCAGCUGCCCUCACACCUGGUGGGGCUGAUGGGCGACCAGAACCUGGCCCCGUACGCCAGCGACCUCCUGGAGAGGCUGUUUGUGAGCCACAAGGCGCAGCUGGCCGGCGCGGCGGGUGCUGCUGCGGGCGAGGUAGCCACCUGGGACUGGAUGGAGCACUGGCACCAGACGUGGGUAACCCCCCUGCUGCGGGUGCUGUGCCGAGCCAGGCUGGACCAGACCACGUACAUCCUGGACUACUUCCUGCCCAAGCUGCUACGCUGCAGUCCCUCCAGUCUGGCGCACAUGGUGCGGGCCUUACAGGACACGGCGCCGCCCUGCACACCGGGCAGCAGGGGCGCACUGGGAGCUCUCAUGACGUGCCUGCGGGCGGCGAAGGCUCAGGGGGUUGUUCCGUCCUCAAAGGAGGGCCUGUGGGGAGGAAUGGUGCCCCUCUCCCUGCUACAGCAGGCUCUGGUACACAAACACGAUCAAGUGAGGAUGGACGCUUUGGGGUUGGUGUGCGAGAGCCACCGCAGCACCGAAGCUGUGAGCUCCCAGGAAAUGGAGCUGGUCUGCCACUUCCUGCCGCCCAAUCUCAACAGCCAGGCGCCAGGCGUCCGACAGCAGACGGUCAGCCUGCUGAAGAAGCUGCUGUGUAGAAUGAAGGACAGCACAGUGCUUCUGCAGAGGAGACUGAUCCAGGAGAGGGAGCAGGAACAGAGAGAUGGAGAUCAACAUACACUGCGUCAGUACAAGGAGUUCCUGCGCUGGCUGUGCGUGAGGCUGCUGGAGGUUUUGCUUACUGGAUCUUCCUUCUCCAAAUGCCUCACGUCGCUCCACCUGCUGUGUCUCCUGGGCGAGCUCUUCACCUUCAGCACCGGCCCCGAUGUGUUUGCCCUCGGCGAGGCCGUGACCUCUGCGCACGCCCAGAAUGUCCUCUACUGCGUCGCCAGCAACUUCCUGGAAGUCAAACAACUGGCCGCCACGUUGCUAUGGCAACUGCCGCCAUCUGCUGUGGGACUACAGGUCCCGGAGCAGACGAUCCGUGUCCUUCAGGCGGCUCUGGACCUCAGCACCAGCACCAAGCCCUUCGAUAGCGUCACAGCCGCCCACCUCCUCCACCUCCUGCUCCGCCAGCCGGGCCUGGGCGCGGCUCUGCUGCACUGCGCCCGGGAGCAGGGCCUCGAGUUCCCGCCUCCGCCCUCAUCACCCACCCCGCCCUCUGAGGGGGCCGUCUUGGAGCUCAACGCGCUGGCUGCGGUUCAGUUCUUGCUGCGCUGUCUGCAGUCAGAAGUGUCGCGGUCCGAGUCGUCUCUCCUGCAGGCAGCUGCUUCCUAUCCCCUCUAUGGCAGAGCCCACUGCAUCACUGCUAUCCUGCAGCAUCUAAAUACUGAGAGUUUGAGCCACACGGAGCAGUGGAGGUGUGUGGUGUCCGAGCUGGUGGCUGUGUGCUACAGGAUGUCUGAUGUGGUCUCCCCUGUGGUCCAGAGCUCCUCCCCAGAGGGACUCAUCCCCAUGGAUACUGACUCAGAGACGUCCGUGGGUCUGCAGAGGAUCCUGCAGGAGAUCCAGCCCAGAGACACCAACGACUUCUUCACCAGCGCCAGAGAGCUGGACACAGAGCGCGUGGACAAUCGGCCGCAGACCGGCAGCACGCGCACGCCGGCGCUGAACUCGGGCGGUGAGGGCUACAGGGUGACAGCCCAGAUGGUGCUGGUGUGCUGCUGGCGGAGCAUGAAGGAGGUGGCCAUGCUGCUUGGGCAGCUGUGUCAAAGCCUGCCUCUCCACUGCACCGCUAACACACACUGCGGACUCAUCACAGAGGAGCAGGUGGAGGGGGUAGGCCUUUACUUCCGUCAGCAGCUCCUGCAGUCCCGUCACCGUGGCGCCUUUGAACUGGCUUAUGUGGGCUUUGUGCGCCUGACCGACAUGCUCUGCAGGAGUGGAAGUCCAACCCUCCAGCAGCUUCCGGCCCGCUGGCUGUCCGAGGUCCUGGAGGAGGUCAAAUCCAGUGACCCGUCGUCCAAGCUGUGUGCGACGCGGCGCAGCGCCGGAAUCCCCUUCUACGUCCAGGCCCUGCUCUCUUCCGAGCCCAAGCCGUCCAGUUGCAGCCUGCUGAAAAUGACCAUGAGAGAGCUGAUCUCUUUGGCCGGGCCCCUGGCCAACAGGACCACGGACAGCUCCACCGUGCCUCAGGUCCACGCUCUAAACAUCCUCAGGGCUCUGUACCGGGACACUCGACUGGGGGAAAACGUCAUUCCCUUCGUCUCAGAUGGAAUGCAGGCUGCCGUGCUGGGCUUCACCUCCCCCGUCUGGGCUGUGAGGAACUCCUCCACUCUUCUCUUCAGCACUCUGAUCACGAGGAUCUUUGGGGUGAAGAAGGGGAAGGAUGAGCACUCGAAGAAGAACAGGAUGACCGGCCGAGAGUUCUUCACCCGUUUUCCAGCUCUCUAUCCGUUCCUCCUGAACCAGCUGGAGGAGGCUGCAGCCACGGUGGAAAGUGACAGCGGUCAGGUGAAGCUGCACCCCAGUCUGUUCCUGCUGCUGCUGGUGCUCAGUCGACUCUACCCCUCCCCCAUGGACGGAUCCUCCUCGCCUCUGGGACUCGCUCCUUUCAUGCCCUUCAUCAUCAGAUGCGGGCGCUCAGCGGUGUACCGGACCAGAGAGAUGGCGGCCCGGGCCCUCGUCCCCUUCGUGCUGGUCACUCAGGUCCCAUCCACCGUCCACAAGUUGCUGCAGGAGCUCCCUCAGCAGCCCGCACCCGGAAUCCAGCACAACCACGUCCACGGGACUCUGCUGCAGGUGCUGUUUCUGCUGCGCUCCUACCAGACCGACUCGCACAGACCCCUGCCAGCAGGAAGCGGCAUCACCCAAGGGCUCCGUGGGAGCAUGUGGCUCGCCUCUCGAGAGAACGGCUGUGAGGUGACCAGAGCAGCCUUCCUCGAUGUGUUGGUGUGUCUCUGUGGGCCGAAGGUCAGUCUUCUGGACGAUACCGAGGUCAGCGCUCUGCGUCGGGAAGCUCUGUCCGUCCUCAUGGCCUCGGAGCUCGUGGCCCCCGACUCUCCCCCCAGCAGCCCGGGGCCCGGCGGCACCCAGUACCUGCUCAGCCUGGCCCGCGUGGCCCUCAGCGCCGGCGUGGACGUCCCCGAGCUCUGGGGGGGUCCUCGGCCCGCAGGCCGGCUCCUGCAGUGUCUGCUGCAGUGCCCUCAGUACGAGGUGAGGGAGCUGGCACUGGAGGGGGUCCUGAGGAGGCUGCAGGAGGAGGAGGAAGAGAAGAAGAGGAAGAGUAGAUUUGAGUGGCUGGACGACACCACCCUGUCAAAACUGAGCAGCCUGGCUCUUCACGAGAAACACCCCUGGUGUCUGGCCAAGGUCCUCACCGUGUUGCGCGUGUUGAGCUCCAGCGCAGAGCUGCAGUGGAGGGACGGGUCCAGAAGGUUGUCCCAGGAGGACGCCCUGCUGCGCCUUCUGGCUCUGGCUCAGGGUUCUGCUCACAGCGUUGAGCUCCACUGCGCCGCCCUGACCCUGGUCUCCGAGCUGGUGGUUCAUCUGGUGAACUCUGACCCUCAGGGUGCGAGUGCGGUUCCUUGUUUGGCCGAGUGGGGGUCGCUGGUGUGCUCGUGCUGCGGCGAGGAGCAGCCGGUGGAGGUGAAGCUAAUGGCGGCCCAGGUGCUGGUCAGCUGCACCGCCACCGUGCUGACCAGCACCCUUCUGCCCCUGGGUCUGUCCACCUCACUUUCUCUGUGGAGGAGUCUGUUUACGCUGCUGCAGGAUGAAGACCAGGAUGUGCGAGAUUCAGCCUCUGACUUCAUGUCUAAUGUACCAGCACCUCUGCUCAGUAACGAUGUCACAGGUGCGUCGGUGUGUCCCGCCGUGGCCCUGGACGCAGGGGUGGGGCUCUUGUGUCGCCUCUUGGAGCUGUGGGGACGGACGGCGCCGGGCGUCCUCGCGUUGACGGAGUGGCUGCUGGGAGUCGACGAAGCCGGCGAGGACCUGGCGGCGGCGGCGGACGAGGUCCCCGGUCUGGACGACGAGGACUUCCUGUUUGAGAAGGGCGACCUGAACCUGUGGGCCGAGCCGGUCCAGUGGGUGAAGCUGCUUCACGGACACGUCUGCUCCCUCAUCCGGGCCCCGGGGGCCGAGUGGCCGGAGCAGGCCCCGCGAAUCCAUCUGCUGUCGACCCGAGCCCGAGCCCAGGCCCUCAGCUCCCAGCGGGCCCUGGACUCACUCCCGGCCCUGCCUCAGUUCUCCUCCGCCAUGGAGCACGCCCGGCUGCUGCUGCGGCACCAGAGGGCCACGCUGGCUCUGGAUGUGCUGGAGAGGCUGAGGUAGAGGAGGGAGCAGCGUUUUUCCAAGUCACUGUUCCUAAUAUUGAAAUGAAAGAAAAGUAGCAGAUAUAUGCUCAAAUGAACCAACGCUCGAGACCACAGCCUGGCUUCGAGGUCGAGCCGGGUCAUGAUCACACCAAGGGAAUGAAGGAAACGGGACUCUUUGUUUUUCACUUUUUAAACUGUCCAUUUCUCUCACUUUGUCUUACUUGUGUUCACUGAUUGCCAGAUGUGUUUUUAAUUUCUACCUUGUCUUUUUUUAAUUAAACAUUACAACACUU